UGUACGUGUAUCUGAAUUAUACACUAUAUAUUUUCCGUGGGUAGCUCAGUAGAAAGUCAUGAUUAAAGUCAGUUAUUCUUAUAAAAAUUUAAGUUUGGCGCCUUUCUCUCCGCUGCAUUCAACGAUCAGUCUCGCUAAGUUGUCAGUUGGCUGGAAAGUACAGUUGCGAGAAGUGUAUGAUCGGACCUCGUGGUGUUGUGACUCAUAGAAUCGUCGAUCGUAAAUUUUUGUCGAAAAUUUUGAUAUAUAUAUAAGAAAAUGGAAAGUGUUUGGUACGAUUUUCUAACAAAUAACGUGUUAGUCUUUACGGUACUUAUCGGUUUAAGUGUUUUAAUUAUCAUGUACGUAAUUAAAUUGUUUAAAGAAGAAGAGGUUAGAGAAAAUAUGAAAAGCGACAAAUUAACGGUAUAUCCCGAGAAGAAAAAAGACCAGUCUCAAGGUGGGAAGAGGAAGAAGAAGAUUGCCGAAAGUAGAUGGACAGGAAAGCAUGAUAAAUACGUCUAUAGUCAUCCUUGGAUUUUGACUUCGUUGAAGGGGCAUACUGGGAAGGUUUUGGAUAUGGACUUUAGCAGUAAUGGCAAAUUUUUAGCUUCAUGCGAUGACGAAGAUCCUGACCCAGGAGGAAAGAAAGAAGCUGCUAUUUCCGAAGAAUCGAAUAAAGACAACGUCGAACCGACCGACGAAAAAUCCCCCCGUUGCCCGAAAGGUUUAUCGAGGAGACAAAGAAAAAAUCGUAAAAGAGACGAUAGCUCGCCGCCGGGAAAACAAAAACUGAAAAAAUCCAAACCGAAAAAAUCGUCUACCCAACAUCAAACUAUUAAUAACAAUAAAAAAAUCAUGUCCAAUCGAUCUGAUCAAUGGGACAUACCGGAAACGAUGCUCUACGAUCUCCUACAAAAUUAUUUGUUGUCUUUGGAUCAAAUGAUGAGCAUGGGGUAUCCGAUACAGACUACGGUGGAUCCGGGAGCGGUGGCGAUUUACAAGAGCCCCAGCGAACCGUGUAAACCCGCGAAUAAUACAAUUUUCAACUUGAACGCGAUGGAAUUCGUACCGAGAAGCGAUUGCAGUACUUCGGAUAGCGGUCAAGGUUCUGCGGAGUCCGGCGACAGCGGGGACGAAUCGACCGCCAGCAGUUGCAGUAGAAGUAGCCGCAGCAGUACCAGCAGCAGUUACUGCUCGUAUUACGACAUAAAUAAUUACACCGAGCAAUCGUUAGUGCCCAGCAACUACGUUUACCAUUCGAGGAUAUGUUGUAGAUGCGAAACGAAAUUUUACACAACCGAAACUGAAUAUAUGACCCAAGAGGGAUGCGUCUAUCAUUGGGGGAAGCUGCAAAGCGUUUUCGUCGAUAGGAAACCGCAGGUGGCUUACAGUUGUUGCAGCCGAUCGGCGGGAACUCCGGGAUGCACGGAAGGGAAAUUUCACGUGUGGAACGGGGUGACGAUGGGAAUGAACGGAUUUUUCGACGAUUUUAUAUCGACUAAACCGAGGAGGAAGGUACCGCAAGAAGGACAUUACGGCGUAUACGCUCUCGAUUGUGAAAUGUGUUAUACAGUGCGCGGUUUGGAAGUAACGAAAGUGACGGUGGUUGGAAUAGGGGGGAAAUUAGUGUACGACAGUUUCGUUAAACCUGAUUGUGAAAUAGUCGAUUACAAUACCAGAUUUUCUGGUAUAACGAAAAACGAUAUAACGAGUAAUACGAAAUCUUUGGCGGACGUACAAAAAGAUUUGUUGAAUUUUAUAAACGCGAAAACUAUUCUAAUCGGACACGGUUUAGAAAAUGAUUUACGUGCUUUGAAGAUCGUGCAUUAUACGGUUAUCGAUACGGCGCAGACUUUCCCCCAUUACCACGGUUUGCCUUAUAGGAGAUCCUUGAAAAAUCUCACUUCUACUAUUUUGAAGAGGACUAUACAAGGAAGCGUCGACGGACACGACAGUUACGAGGACGCCAACGCUUGCUUGGAACUAAUGUUAUGGAAGGUGAGAAAAGAUUUGAAAAAACUUGCCGUUUAUUCGUAAUUAUAUUCCCCUCAUUAUUGCUUUUAUUUAUUAAAAUGCUUCUCAUUUAUAAAAAUCAUUUCCUAGUUAGAAGGUAGAAUGCAUAACUAAAAAUAAUUAUUGAAUCUACGAAUAAUUAACGGAAAAUGAUUUCAGUGUAAAUCCAAUUAAGAAAAAUUGGAAUAUCAUUAGUUUCGGUGUACUUUUCGUAAAAGUUUUAAAUUCAACUUCAUAAUUUGCUUUCGAAUUAAAAAUAAUGAACAGAACCGUUUAAAUUAUUUCAUAUCCUAUGAUUUCAGUACUAAUUUUUAAUUAAAAAAUGGAUCUACCGAUAAUUUACAGGUUUUUCUACCAUAAAAAUAAUAAUUAUAAGUAUCAAAGUUGUCACCGUAAUUAUAAUAGAAAUAUAUAAAUACCCCCUGCAUUGAAUCAUAAUAAGAAUUGAAAUACCAUUAGUUUCGGUGUACUUUUCUUAAAAGUUUUGAAAUCAACUUCAUAAUUUGCUUUCGAAUUAAAAAUAAUGAAUAGAACCGUUUAAAUUAUUUUAUAUCCUAUGAUUUCAGUACUAAUUUUUAAUUAAAAAAUGGAUCUACCGAUAAUUUACAGGUUUUUCUACCAUAAAAAUAAUAAUUAUAAGUAUCAAAGUUGUCACCGUAAUUAUAAUAGAAAUAUAUAAAUACCUCCUGCAUUGAAUCAUAAUAAGAAUUGAAAUACCAUUAGUUUCGGUGGACUUUUCGUAAAAGUUUUGAAAUCAACUUCAUAAUUUGCUUUCGAAUUAAAAAUAAUGAAUAGAACUGUUUAAAUUAUUUUAUAUCCUAUGAUUUCAGUACUAAUUUUUAAUUAAAAAAUGGAUCUACGAUAAUUUACAGGUUUUUCUACCAUAAAAAUAAUAAUUAUAAGUAUCAAAGUUGUCACCGUAAUUAUAAUAGAAAUAUAUAAAUACCUCCUGCAUUGAAUCAUAAUAAGAAUUGAAAUACCAUUAGUUUCGGUGUACUUUUCUUAAAAGUUUUGAAAUCAACUUCAUAAUUUGCUUUCGAAUUAAAAAUAAUGAAUAGAACCGUUUAAAUUAUUUUAUAUCCUAUGAUUUCAGUACUAAUUUUUAAUUAAAAAAUGGAUCUACCGAUAAUUUACAGGUUUUUCUACCAUAAAAAUAAUAAUUAUAAGUAUCAAAGUUGUCACCGUAAUUAUAAUAGAAAUAUAUAAAUACCCCCUGCAUUGAAUCAUAAUAAGAAUUGAAAUACCAUUAGUUUCGGUGUACUUUUCUUAAAAGUUUUGAAAUCAACUUCAUAAUUUGCUUUCGAAUUAAAAAUAAUGAAUAGAACCGUUUAAAUUAUUUUAUAUCCUAUGAUUUCAGUACUAAUUUUUAAUUAAAAAAUGGAUCUACCGAUAAUUUACAGGUUUUUCUACCAUAAAAAUAAUAAUUAUAAGUAUCAAAGUUGUCACCGUAAUUAUAAUAGAAAUAUAUAAAUACCUCCUGCAUUGAAUCAUAAUAAGAAUUGAAAUACCAUUAGUUUCGGUGGACUUUUCGUAAAAGUUUUGAAAUCAACUUCAUAAUUUGCUUUCGAAUUAAAAAUAAUGAAUAGAACUGUUUAAAUUAUUUUAUAUCCUAUGAUUUCAGUACUAAUUUUUAAUUAAAAAAUGGAUCUACGAUAAUUUACAGGUUUUUCUACCAUAAAAAUAAUAAUUAUAAGUAUCAAAGUUGUCACCGUAAUUAUAAUAGAAAUAUAUAAAUACCUCCUGCAUUGAAUCAUAAUAAGAAUUGAAAUACCAUUAGUUUCGGUGGACUUUUCGUAAAAGUUUUGAAAUCAACUUCAUAAUUUGCUUUCGAAUUAAAAAUAAUGAAUAGAACUGUUUAAAUUAUUUUAUAUCCUAUGAUUUCAGUACUAAUUUUUAAUUAAAAAAUGGAUCUACCGAUAAUUUACAGGUUUUUCUACCAUAAAAAUAAUAAUUAAGUAUCAAAGUUGUCACCGUAAUUAUAAUAGAAAUAUAUAAAUACCUCCUGCAUUGAAUCAUAAUAAGAAUUGAAAUACCAUUAGUUUCGGUGUACUUUUCUUAAAAGUUUUGAAAUCAACUUCAUAAUUUGCUUUCGAAUUAAAAAUAAUGAACAGAACUGUUUAAAUUAUUUUAUAUCCUAUGAUUUCAGUACCCGUUUAAUUAAAAAAUGGAUCUACUGAUAAUUUACAGGUUUUUCUAGUAAAAUGAGUUUUCCACCAUAAAUAUAAUAAUUAUAAGUAUCAAAGUUGUCAUCGUAAUAAUAAUUAAAAUAUAUAAAUACCCCUGCACUUAAUCAUUAUAAUAAAUGAACAUUUUUUGAAAAGGAACUUGGUAAAAAUUAUUGAAACAAAGAAUGGAAGAGAAAAUACCAAUUUUUUUUUUGAAAAUAUACAUUAUUACAGUAUCUUUCGAUAUAAAAUUUUCUCUACCCUAAUUUAUGUGUUCUUUCAGUAAAAAUUUCGAAAUUAUAUUCUUACUUUACUUUUAAAUUGGAAAUAAUGUUAAAAUCUGUCAAAUUUGUUCAAUAUCUUAUAUUUUCAGUACUCAUUUCAGACUUGUUUAGAUACUUUUAUACUCCCCUCGUUUUUUGAUUCUUGAAAAUCGAAAAAUGAUCCGAUUUCGAUGAUUUUUUUUUCAAUUUUCGUUUUUACGGCGGAUUUACGAAAAAAAAUUAUGGGAAUAAAAAAAUUGAUAACUUAUAUUGGUUUCAGGGUUUUAAAUGUUCAUUCACGUAUUUGUUGAUAACUUUUUUCCAAAUAAUCAAAUGAAGUUGUUAUAUGUUUUUUUUUUCAUAAUCUAAACAAAUAAACGAACAAAUUGAAGAAAAAAACUAUACAAAAAUGUUGAUUUAUCAUGAUUCUAUAAUUAAAAAUAAUAAUUCCUCUUAAAAUUAACCUUUUCUCACAUAUAAUAGUUUGUACCUUUUUUAUUAAGUAAUCAUGUGAUUGGUGGUAUGGAGCUGUCAAAAGUCAUCAUCAAUUGACAUUUACGUGUUUAUUUCAUUGUAUAAACAUAACUUACCAUUCGGUAUUUCUUAUGUUAAUUUAAUAAUUGUUCUCGUUUUAAUCCAGGGCCUAAUCCAUUUUCCCUUUGGUUUUUUCCGAGAAUUAACUUUGUAAACAUAAUUAUUUAUACAAGAAAUACCGCAGCACAAGCAGCCAUUCAUUUAAGUUCAUAAUACCAUAUGACACCGACACGAUAUUGGACUUAUUGCGCAGAAAUUAGCGCAGAAACUGUACAUAAAUAUGAUACGGGAUGGUAUUUCUGUACAGUAUUCGAUAUCGAAAACUAGAUGAUCGUAUUACAUUAUACAGUUUUUGUCAAUAUUGAAAAUUAUACAGAAAACAAUAUCGGUAGUUGCAUAAUGUCCAUACUACCUUUAAACUAUUGAUUCAUUUGAAUUUAGAUAUUUUAAAUAAUUUCGUUUCUAGUAAACAUAAUAUUUGUUAAAUAGUAAUUUUGAUUAAUGACAAAAAAAGUUGAAAAUAAAUAUGCAUUCCAUUUACAUUCAAGUAAUCUGAGACUUCUGUAUCUUAAUCUCAGAUAAUUACGUCAUUGCUCACAAAUUCACCGUCUAUUACAGCAAAAGAAACGACAUAUUCAAAAUAUUAGUAUUUAAGAGAUUAUUUACAUUAAUAACUGUUUGUAAUAAUCUGACAACGCGAUGUUCUUAACCUCACUUUCAAUCUGAGUUUAAAAAAACUCACUAUAAAGCAUAUACAAUACUGUUCCUAAUAUUGUUUAUAUUCUCACAACUCUCAAUUUUUUCAAUAUAUACCUGUAAAAUAAUAAAGUUGCCCUAAGUUUACGUAAUUUACUUAUUAUAUGGAUAAAACUGUAACCAUAUAAUUGAUACCACAAACUACACAUUAAAUUUUUAUUCUACCUUCUAACUAAACGUUUAGAUAUACGAAAAACAAUGUGAUUCAAUUAUGAAUUAAGAAAUUUGUACGUUCCUUCAAAUUUCUAUUUAUUUUUUUGAUUAUAGUGAUAAAAAAAAGGAGAAAAGAUUCUCGUGUUUUGUUGUACUGUGAUGAACUUGUUUCUAUUUUAUUCGUUUGUUGUGGCAAGUAUCAGUUUUUUUUUCGAAAAAACUAUUUCGUUAUAAAAUUAAUUUCUUCCAUGCUAAAAUUAUCAUGAAAAUAUUUAUAUACAUGCACUUUUAAUGUUAUGUUCACUAGUGAAUCAACGUAACAAUUGCUUCUUCUUUUAUAAUUAAAUAUAAAAUAAUCUCAAUGCCUUCAUUUCAAAGACAUAGUAAUUCGAGUUGGCUGAAAAUAUAUAAUUUCUAUAUUCAAAAGUUGUGCUAAUUUUAGAAAGAAACAGCCUCUAGUAUAAAGUAUAGCUAUCUUUGUUCCGCUGUGCGCUGAUUGGUCAAAAGAGAUAGGGUGUAGAGAAAUAUAUUUGUGGGAGGAGUAAUAUACAAGUAAUUGAACACUUGACAGAGAUAGCUAUACCGUAACCUUCUUUCUAUCUCCUUCUAAUAUUAGAACACGAAAUUUAUUGGAAGCGAAAUUUAGUAUUACUUUGUCUAUGAUUCACUCUGAUUAUCAUUUAACUAUACUUCAAAAUAUAACUUCUUCUUUUUUAUGUUGAAUAUAAAAUAAUCAUUCUGGCCUUCACUGUGAUUUGAUAUUUGACUAUAAAUUCAUCUAUGGAAUUGCCAUUUUCAAGGUCAUACAACUUUUACUGUACAAAUUUUUCUGAAAAUUCAUAGUACUUGUAAAUUUAUUUGAAAGAAAUAACCUAAAAACGAUAUUUUUUGUAAAUCUAAAGACCGAUUCAUAAACUUGACUUUUAUUUCUAUUUUAUUUUUUUUUUUUUCGUUUGUUUAUAGUGGUUUAUUUUGCUUUGCUUGUUUUUUAGCAUAGUUGAGUGAAUUUCAUGAUAAUUUUGGAUGGAAGAUGAAUUUUUUAAUAAGGGAUAUAAUAUUUAAUAUAUUUAAUCAUUUGUAACAUCCAAUAUGACUCAAUUUUGGCAGCUAUCAUUUUAUAAAAUGACAUUAUCAGUCUGAGUGCCGUGUUGAACAAAGUAUGUCCCUAACUUGAAAAUUUGUGUGCAAUGUACAACAAAUCGUUUAUGAUAAUUAAGUAAUUUUGUGAUAAUAGUUUUAAGGACUAUUUUGUUAGGUCCCCGGCCGGGAUUUCUUAAUCAUUACAAUUUGUAAAAUAAUCUAAUUGUUUCGACUGUAGAUUUUCUAUUUACAAAUUUUCUACUUUCAGACAUUCAAUAAAUCGUUUUAUGUAU